AUGACUUCAGCAGUCAAAGAUGAGUAUCUCCUUGAUCGAAGUACUUUGGGCUCCUCUCGUCUCUAUAUGCAACAUUGGCUUUGGCAAAGACUGGCCGGUCAUCUAUUGCAUCCAAGUAUUCCAAUCAAGGAAAAGAUGAAGAUUGCCGAUAUAGCGUGUGGAACCGGAUUUAGCAAGAGAGUUUAG